CAGAGAAAGCAACUUCCGGCAGGUCUCUGCCAGAAAAAACACGAGAACCGAAUUGGAGUUCGUUUUUCCUCUCUUGAGGCUGCAGCUAGUCAUUGAAUAUGGACAGUGAGCCGUCGCUUGAGGCGGUUGGACAGGCCCUGCAUGCUUUGUACAACAAUCCAGACGUGAGCGGCAAAGAGAAAGCGUCGGUAUGGCUAGGGGAGCUGCAAAGAUCAGUAUAUGCAUGGCAGAUAGCAGAUCAACUGUUACGGCUACACCAGAGUAUGGAAUCUUGUUACUUUGCAGCCCAGACAAUGAGAACAAAAAUCCAGUAUGCCUUUCAUGAGCUGCCUCCAGCCUCCCACACUGCAUUAAGGGAUUCCCUGUUGGAGCAUGCAGGGAAAAUCAAUGCUGAAACACAGCCAGUUAUUGUGACUCAGUUAAGCUUGGCCCUGGCUGAUCUAGCCCUGCAAAUGGCUUCUUGGAAAGAUGCUUCUCUUGACCUUAUUCAGAAAUUUGGAGGAAAUCCACACCAAAUGUCAUUUUUGUUAGAGGUACUCACAGUUCUACCAGAAGAGGUAAAUAGCAGAUCACUGAGACUUGGGGCCAACAGAAGAGAAGAAAUAACGAAAGAAUUCCUGAAAGCUUCACCCAUGAUGUUACAGCUGCUGACUGCAGUGAUAGAGGACCCAAGCUGUGAUGAGAAGAACCAGAUCAAGGUGUUCCGGUGCCUGGGAAGCUGGUUCAACCUCGGUGUGAUACCGGAACACGACAUCGUGAACAGCAAGCUCCUGAUGGUUCCCUUCCAAGUCAUGUCCAACAAUGGCUGUCCAAACAUGCUCCACGAGGCGGCGGCUGAUUGUAUUGUGUCUGCCCUCUACUCUUGUUACAACUGUCAGGAACAGUUACUAUUGUCACAGAAGUUAUACCAGGGAGUGGUCACUCUCAUGGAGCCCUAUCACAUGUCUGUUGCCAUGGAGGAUACAGAUAAGUCCAUGAACUAUUGCCGAGUGUUCACAGAACUGGCAGAGACGUUUUUAGAACCAAUGGUCACCACCCCCACUCAGGGUCUGGGAGAUUUGAGUGUCCUUGAACUUCUGCUGACCUGUGUUGGCCAUCAUUUAUAUGAGGUAGGAGAAAUCUCCUUUAAUUUUUGGUACCGUCUCUCGGAAGAGCUGUAUCAGCGGAGUGUACAGGAGAUCACAGACGUAUUCAAGCCGUACAUACAGAGGUUAAUCGUGGCGCUAUGUCGGCACUGUCAGAUCGAGCCAGAUCAUGAAGGAAUACCAGAUGAAAACGAUGAUUUUGGAGAGUUUAGAUUAAGAGUCUCAGAGUUAAUUAAAGAUGUGGUUUUUAUUGUGGGAUCCUCACAAUGUUUUACUCAGAUGUUUGAAAAUAUAAAAACUCAGACAGAAAAUACAUCUUGGGAAGUGAUAGAGGCUUCUCUUUUUGUAAUGACAGCUGUAGCCAAAAAUCUACUGCCAGAAGAGAAUGAGAUAGUGCCCCUCGUGGUGAAGUCCAUCCUGUCCAUGCCCCCCACUGCUCACCUGGCCAUUAGGUACACCAGCAUCAAGCUGUUCGGAGAACUGUGUGAAUGGACGGAAAAACACGCUGAGUAUCUAGAUGCCAUAUUACAGUUCCUGUUAGCUGGACUUCAGGAGAAGACACUCUCUACAGCGGCAGCGAACUCUCUACAGUGUAUCUCCACCAUGUGUCGGGAACAGAUGGUCAGCCACUUCCAGGGGCUGGUCCAGAUUGUGUCGGCCCUGGAGACGUUUCAGUUGUCUAAUGAUGCUGCCAUUGGUCUGCUUAAAGGUACAGCGACUAUUUUAGCACAGUUUCCCCAUGAUAAGAUAGCAGAUGGUUUACGGCAAUUAUGCACAUUUCAGUUACUACCUCUUUCGAAAUUGAUAGAAGAGCCAAUGAAUAAUCCAAAACAGGGUAGCCCACAUGAUCCCACGAAAUGGUUGGACAGACUGGCAGCAAUAUUUAGAUAUGUAAAUCCUAAAGUAACAAAUGGUCAGGUCCAUCCCUGUAAACCAGUGAUACAAGAGCAGGUCUGGCCAGUGCUCUCACGGGCGUGUGACAAAUACCAAGGAGACGUCCGAAUCACGGAGAGGUGCUGUCGCUGUAUACGAUUCGCAGUCAGGUGUUUAGGAAAGCAGUCAGCUGACUUACUCACACCUCUCGUUAGUCAGAUGAUCAGCCUGUAUCAGUCCCACCAACACUCCUGUUUCCUGUACCUGGGCAGUAUUCUGGUGGAUGAGUACGGAAUGGAGGCCGCCUGUCAACCCGGGCUGCUACACAUGUUAGAGGCGUUCUGUGUGCCGACCUUUAAGUUACUGGAAGAACACAAUGGUCUGAGGAAUCACCCUGACACUGUGGACGAUCUCUUUAGGCUCUGUCUACGGUUUGUCCAGCAGUCCCCCAUCUCCUACCUACAGUGUGGUAUGGUAGAACCUAUCCUUCGAUGUGCAAUAGCUGCCUGUUCACUGGACCACAAAGAGGCCAAUGCCUCAGUGAUGAAGUACCUGUCGGACUUCUUAAUGUGUGCCACCAAAAAAGAGGAGAAGGAUGACUUCCCCCUGAGGCAGAAGGCAGUGAAGGCUCUUCUGAAUGACCAUGGACAGGCCCUGGUGCAUGCUCUGAUCAACGCCUGUAUAUUCUGCCUUCCAACCUUCAUGACAACAGAUUUCGGAGAAGUUAUAUUUGAAUUAAUGAAGAUAGACAGACCAACAUUUUGUCGCUGGUUGGAGACAACAUUAAAAGCAUUGCCUAAGUCCAAUAGUGGGGGAGCAGUCACAGCAACACACAAGCAACUCACAGACUUCCACAAAGCCGUCACAAGUGCAGAGCAUUACAAGGAAGUGUCGCAAGCCUUACGAGACUUUACUCGCCUGUACAGGUGAGACGUAUUUGUCCACUGGGAAACUAGUCCCUCAGAGAGAGAGAGAAAAAAGUACAAACCUCCCACAAGAACUCCCCUCCCCCAACUCUCCAAGAGCUCGCUGUGAUUCUCUGCUUUUACUCUGUCGCUUCCAAGUGUGUUGUGAUCAAAAAACUAGACUCGCACGAUCCGAGCCAGAUCUUGAGCAACCUCCAAUGCUUUGAGUUUAAUUUCGCCUCAAGCUCAUACUCGUCAUAUGGAGCAAAUACAGCUACGUAUUUUGAAACUAGUGCAUGUUUAUGUGUUCCAAGAAAGUACGUGUUACAAGCAAGGUCAUAUUAAGUUUCAUGUAUCUUUAAAACCAUGGUCACUUUAAUUAUAGUACAUGUAUAUGUAUUUAAAAUGCAUGGUUAUAUAACUUAUUGUGCCUGUAGCAUUUGUGGUUAUUUUAGGUUUAUAACAUGCAUGGUUACAUGACAUUUUUUGCAUUUGCUACUGGUAUGUAUGGUAUGUACCUGUACCAAAUGUAGCAUAGGUCUGUCAUAUGAUUAUUUAUGAACAAGCAUAUACAUGUAUGUGAGUACGUACAGAUUAUGGUAGCUGUAAAACACUAUCUUGCGUCAAGUCUAUGAAAUUAAUUAGGUCUGAUUUUUUUGUAAAAAAUAAUCAUGUGCGUAAGGAGUCUAUGAUCUGGACUUCUUGGGAAGUUAUGACAAUCGCGGUGAAUUUUUCUACACAGGUUUUGUUACUCGCAACUGCAAACUGUUUUUCCAAAGGAUGGAUUUUUGAAACCAAAAAUACAAAUGUAUGCACCUGUCCUACUUUACAUAGGUAUUGCACCUGUAAUUAUAAUUACUGGAAUUGAAUAACUCUUCCCACAUGUUUUGACCUAUAGGUUGUUGUUUUGAGUACACAUCUGAUUUUGUUCUGGUCCUUAUCCACUCCGGGCUCUGUCGUUGCUUAGUUCCGAGAAUUACCGGUAAUUGCUGUUUUACUGACAAAAUUGUUUUCUCUCUUGCCUGGUCCUUCUGCUAUGUGUUCAAGUUGGUGCUUUCAGGUUUUGUUUUUUUUUUUGGUUUCAUUUAAUGAUGAAUGUGUCUUGUGCUUAUGGUCUGCACUGCUCAUUGUUUCAAUGGUUCAAGUGAGAACCCACUAUAGAUUAUGUAUGUGUAUAACAACAAACUGUGUGUAUGUUUUCAAUGUAAUUUUCUGUUGCAUUAAAAACACAUCUCUGUAUUAAAAAUUUGUUAACAUGUAUGCAUCAUGUCUUGAUAAGUUGAUGGUGAAGAUGUAUUUGUUGAUUCUUCAAAUAUGUUUGUUAGGAAAAACAAAAAUGGUAUGCAUUAUUUGUUUCAGAGUUUAUAAUUCUGUAUGUUGAACAUUGUGAAUUUAAUUUUUUUUUUCACACAUAUUUGCCAAGGUAUAGUUACUUGAAUAUCAGUCUGUGUUUUGAUAAACUGAAAUUGUGUAUCUGAAUAAGUCAACUUCUAAUUAGUGUUCCUUUCUUCAGUAUUAUUUUGAGAGAGAGAGAGAGAGAGAGAGAGAGAGAGAUUUUCAAAUUAGCAUAAUGUAGUAUAUACUGGUAUUCAACAUCUUUGUAGUCUUCUGUCCAACUUGAAUGUGAAUUGACCAUUAAACCCAAUACAUAUAAUCUGUUAGAAACUUUCAAAAAGUGUGGUGAAGUAUUUUAAGAUUUCUGUGUUGUUACAGUCCUGAAUAAUUUUCAGAUCCUCUAUUAAUGACUUUAAAAUGCAAAAGUAUUAAAAGUUAGUCAUUUAUUACUUGUGUUAGGAUGAGAUAUUUCAUGCUUAGCUGCCAUUGUUGCGAUAUGAACACUGUACUGUAAAUGGCUUAUAAUUUAAAACAAACCCCCAAAAUGUAUCAAGGGACAUGUCUUUUUAGUUUAGGAAGGAGAGGGGGUAUAAGAGAAAGUCUUAUAGGCCUAUUCAUGUCUUUCCUACAGAAAAUACAAUUUAAUAUCAGUGUUGAACAAUUUCUACAAAGUUCAAUAUCCACCUUUCUGAUUUCUCUUCAUCAGCAAGAUUUCAGUGAAAUGAAGAGUUUAGGUUUCAAUUCUUUUUUAAAUAAUUUUUUUUAAAGCCUAGCAAGUGAUAUUUUGGGAUUCACUACCUAGGAAGUUCCAACAUUAUUAUAUUUAAUUUAUAAACCUGUUCCUAGAGCCUACUAAUGUUGCUGUAGAUACGUGAAUGAGCUCUAAUACCACUCUUAAACAUGUUUUAAUCUUGUUAGGGAAAAUCUCAAAAUAUGUUUAUAACAGUUUAUACAAAGGUAGUAACAUGAACUUGGAUAAAUGCAAACCACACUGAUGACAUGUAUACUUCAAACAGUAUUUGAUAUUAGACUCAUAUUUUGCAGUAAUCUGUACAGGUAUAUGAUUAUUAAGACACAAAAUACUUCGAAAUUAUUUCUGAUCAGAAAUUUUUUAAAAAUUUAUCAUUAUAUUCAACAAAUGCAAAGUAUAUACAUGAACCUACAUGCAAUAUUCAAUGUUGCCAUAUGAUAUGGUUGUCUAUGAUACUCUCUGAACAUUGUGUACUGAAUACCAGUAUUGGAAUUUUCCUUUUGAGUUUGAUUUUUGUGCUGCCAUAUUGACUUUCGUCCUUGUUUUUUUUGUGAUUUGCUCUCUACCAUUUUGAUGAAAGAAAACUGUAGAAUACAUGUACCUAUUUAAUUCUUAAAAAAGAAAAAUUGAGUUAUUUGUGAGUUAAUUCAUACCGAAAAAUUAAGUAGGCAAUUAAAAAAAAAUCAAAUUGAAAUUAUAGUCAUAACUUGAAAUUGCAUUCUAUAAGAUAUGUAGUGUAAUGUGGUAGAAUUGUGUGGCAUUAAGAAAAACAAGAGUUUGCAGUUUUUCAGGAAUAGUUGUAGAACAAAUCCCUCAGAUAUUCUAUUUUUUUUUGCAAUAUGAUACAAAAACAUAGCAUAAUUAUGUAAAUUAUAGCUGUUGAUUCAAGACACUGUACAAAUAAAUGAAAUAAUAUUUGUUUUGUUUUAUUUAGAUACUUUUUAAAUUCGUCAUUAAAUAUGGAAGACAACAAUGUUUGCAAUUGUAUGUACUACAUACUAGUACUAAUUGAAUGAAGUCCCAAUAGUCUCAAUCAGAGUUCGAAUGGGACAAAGGAAAAGAAAUAUUAAUUUCAUCAAAUUGAUGAAGUAAAUUUUGCUGACAGUUUCAGAUUAUAUGCAGAGUUAGGCCCCUUUUAUGAAUACCGCGGGUAAUAGAGAGGAAAAGGGUCCAUAAAUGUCUUUUGGUGUAAUUAAAGUGUUCAACAGUAAUGUUCUAUGAAAUCUGGCCAUAUUUUUGUUGCAACUUUGUUACUUUUUGCAGCUAUGUUUCCUUGACAUUUUUUUUUAAAUUGUGUUACGGUUAUAAAUAUGAUGAACAUGUAUUAAUUAUUAGGUAGAAUUUCUCUGUCACUGUAAAACACUCAAAGUUUGUAUUUUAAAAGGAGUUUAUCAAUCUGUGUUUAAGAGGGAUUAAAUUAUUACCAACAUGAUUUCUGAUGCAUUUAAAAUUUAGUGAUGACUGUACACAUUAAAUUAUUUUUAAAAACCUG